CUCUACGCUGCCUCUUCUAGAGGCCAUCAAGAGAUCGUACAGCUUCUCCUCGAGAAAGGCGCAGACGUUAACGCACAGGGCGGCCACUACGGCAACGCUCUCCAGGCUGCCUCUUCUAGAGGCCAUCAAGAGAUCGUACAGCUCCUCCUCGACAAAGGCGCAGACGUCAACGCACAGGGCGGCAGGUACGGCAACGCUCUCCAGGCUGCCUCUGAAGGAGGCCAUCGAGAGAUCGUACAGCUUCUCCUCGAGAAAGGCGCAGACGUCAACGCACAGGGCGGCAGGUACGGCAACGCUCUCCAGGCUGCCUCUGAAGGAGGCCAUCGAGAGAUCGUACAGCUUCUCCUCGAGAAAGGCGCAGACGUCAACGCACAGGGCGGCAACUAUGGCAACGCUCUCUACGCUGCCUGUUGUAGACGCCAUCAAAAGAUCGUACAGCUUCUCCUCGAGAAAGGCGCAAAUGUCAACGCGCAGGGCGGCCACUAUAGCAACGCUCUCCAGGCUGCCUCUAAAGGAGGCCAU